AUGGGAUUGAAAGUCGUAAACGGCUUGAAACUGAAGAAUUUAUUGGCCCUGAAUAUUUUGAACUUAUUCUUGUAUGGAGAAUUCUGUCCACACACAUGGGCCGUCCACUUCCCGUUGGCGAGUGGGAAACGACAGAGUCCGAUCGAUAUCCCGAGUGGCAGAGGAGAAGCUGUCAACUUUUCUUCUGGACUCGCCUGGACCUACGACUCUGACGCGUGUGACAGAAUCACCAACACUGGGCAUGGAUGGAAACUCCUCGUCUCUGGCAAUGGUGAACUAUGGGGAGGUCCAUUGCCGUCCAAGUUCAAGCUGGAACAAAUCCACGCGCAUUGGGGCUGUACGGAGAACGAAGGCUCGGAGCACACAGUGGACGGUGUUGCAUACCCCGGAGAGAUCCAUUUGGUGCACUGGGACUCCGAAAAGUACUCGAGCUUUGCGGAAGCCGCGAAUGCAGAUGGUGGACUAGCAGUACUUGGAGUUUUCAUCACUGUGGGUGACCAGGCCCAUGAUGAGAUCCAAAAGAUUGUGGACGCUCUUGAACUCAUUCCCAACAAAGACAUGACCGAGAACUUGGCCAAGACUGUGGAUCCUUUGAAGCUUCUUCCAGAGAGCAAGGCUUUCUGGAAUUAUGAAGGAUCUUUAACCACUCCACCCUGCUUGGAAACCGUCAAUUGGAUCGUUUUCAAGACACCGCUCACUGUUUCCAAGGAACAGAUUUCUGCAUUCAGAGCUCUGAGAGCUUAUGCUCCUGAAGAGGACAAACCCGGUGAUGACGAAUUCGGAGGUCAGGUUGUGCAAAACUUUCGACCCCCGAUGCCACUUUGUGGACGAGUUGUUCGUGAUUGCUGCUAAUUAAGUACAUGCGGAGAUGAGGGGGUGAACCCACCCCCGAUUCCGCAAAAACAUUAAUCAGGAACCUCUGGUUAAUUUAAAAACAAAAGCCUUGCAUCUUGGUGCUCCAGUAACUCUUAAGUUUUUUUUUUUAUAUAUUAAGAACAACGAUCAGGUUAGUCUUCCUUCUUCAUCGAGGUAUAGAAAAACAGAAAUUGAGAGAAAGAGAGAAGAGGAAAAAAAAUCGGGCUUGUAUAUAUGAUCCCGACUUCUAUACGCGGUUAAUUGUAAAGCUUAGGGCUGUGAGUCGGAAAACACGAAAAGCAAAACGUUUAGAAAAAAUCUGUAUACGAAUAAGGAGAGAGGAAAUUUUUUGGUUUUUUUUUUACUGUACUGUACUGUACCGCGAAAAUCGAUCCGUUCUUGAUACGAAGUGAGCACCUCUUGUUUCCAUCCCAGAGUCUAUUUGUCAUUCUUGCAUUAUUUAUCAAGUAUAUUGAUUGAGUCUUGUCUUGUCUUGCUUGGUUUGUUUGUUUGUUUGUUCAUUGCCCUGCGUUUGAUGUUGUUUCUUCUUCUUUUUUUUUAGAUAUUGUGUGUGGGGGGUUCUUUGGCUAUUUCUUCUUUAAAAUUGUUUGUGCAUUGUGUUUUUAUUUGUGGUCUUGCUUGGAAUAAACGGGUGCAGCUCUUCUGUAUCGAA